AUGUAUUUUUAUAUAUUGUUUAUUUUCAUUCAUUCUCAAGGCUUUGAAUUAUUCAUUGAAAAAGACAAGUAAUAUUUAAUAGCAAAUGAGAAUAAAACUGAUAUAAGAUUUAAACAAGAAUCUUUGGAACAAUCUCAAUGUCAUCCUGCAAAAUUGUAUUUAGAAAAUUCAAAUGAAAAACAUACUAAAUUUAUAUUCAAUAACAAUUAAUAAGAUUAGAUUACUGUUGUAAUGCAUCCUUUAGUAUAUGAUACAGAAGUACUUAACAUAUUACAAAAUUCUAAUAAGAAACCAUAUUAAUUAGAGCCAAAUUCUUAAGAAUAAUUAAUAAUUACAUAUGAAUGUAAAGCAAAUAAAGAAUAAGUUUCGUGGAGUUUAAUAAUAUUAGAUUUUACAGUAUUUGUUAAUUAGAAUCAUUCUUAAUCUUAUUCAAUUUAAUUUUAUAAAUAAUGCCAAUAGACAGAACUAUAUUUACAUCCAUUAAUUAUGUUAUUAAUUUUAGCAGUAUCUUUAUUAAUAAUAGGCACAAAUUAUGGAUUAUAAGAAAUUAAAAUGAUUGAGUCAAUAAAGACUGAAGAAUUUAAUGCAAAAACAUCUGUGUUCUUUAUAUUAUCUGCAAGUGUUUUAUUAUUUUGUUUAUAUAAAUUUCCAUCAAUUGGAUAAUUGUAAAAUACAAUAUAAAUAUUAGAGUAUUGAGUAUAGUAAUAUUCUUUAUGGCAAUUUUGAGUAUUUAGAUAAUAAUAGAAGAUUAAUUGUAAAAGAUGUUAGGAAAAAAUAUAUUAUUGAAGAUAAGUUCAUAUUUUAUUAGUUUUUUGAUUGUAUUUUCAUACUUUUAUACUAAACAUUGGAUAAUAAAUAAUAUAGUAGCAUUUUUAAUUACACUUUUAAUGUUCAAAGUAAAAAUAAAAUUAAAAUUUAGAUAAUAGAAAUUGAUAGUUUUAAAACUGCUACAUUGUUAUUGACUUUAGCAUUCUUUUAUGAUAUAUUUUGGGUAUUUAUAAGUCCUUAUUUUUUUGGAACAUCUGUUAUGGCAUAAGUUGCUACAUCAAUAGAUUUACCAAUGAAAUUUAUAUGUCCACCUUUAAUGAAAUCAUAUAAUUCUCCUUUAAUGAGAUGUUCCAUACUUGGUUUAGGUGAUAUUCUAUUACCAGGAAUAGUUGUUAAAUACAUUCUAAAAUUUGAAAAUAUGAUAAAUAAAGGAUAUUGUAUGUAUAUUACAUCAAUAAUUGGAUAUUGUAUUGGAUUAUUAGUUUGUAUGCUUUCUUUGGUGAUAUAUUAAUAAGCAUAACCAGCCCUAUUAUAUUUAGUUCCUAUGAUAUUAAUACCUGUUUUGAUAAUGAGUGUCAUAAGAAAAUAAUUUUAUUCAUUAUGGAAAGGAUAGAUAUUUAAAUCAUAGAAAUCAGCUGGAGUUUAUGAGUUGCAAUAGAGUGAAUAAGUUUGA